AUGCCCCUCUCUGCUGCUGUUGUGGAUAAUAUUGGUGACCGAGAUAAUGCGCACUACUAUCCGGCUGCUGAUACGACUGGUAUCCGUAUCCGUAUCCAUAACCACCAUACUGCUGCGGAUGAAGGUCUAUUCGUCGUCGUUGUUGUUGUCGUUGGUGGUGAAGAGAAGGAGGAGGAAGGGUACGAUGGUCCUUUCUUUUUCUUGGUCUUGCCUUCGGGGACAUAUCCGUUCACAUUAUCGACACAACCAUCCCGUGGCGCCGUCGUCUUUCCUCCACUCCGUAGUUCCUUACUGCGUCCUGUACCUGCCUGGACUGUCAGAGCUUUUGUUGAUUCUGUUGUUGCUGUUGCUGGUGUUGUUGCCGAUGCUGUUGCUGUUUCAGAUGUUGCUGCAGUUGUUGCUGCUACUGGUACGAAGGACUUUGACCAUCCAGACUUCCCAAACGCCGUACUUCCGGACUCUGUCAUCAACGGCCUUGUCUCGUCCGCACCCAACAAGCUAGUCCUCUCACCAAACUCCUCCCUCCGUGCAGCCUUCUUUGACUUGUUCCGAUUCUUCCUCUCCAUCUUCCUCCGAUCGCUCUCCUUGGACCUCUUUGGAUCAAUCACAUCAAUUGCCGGGAAAUUAUAA